UGCAAGAACAAGGAACAAUAGAAGAAAGAAUUAACUAAAAGUCAACAAAUUAUCUGUCAUACUAUGAGUAAACAAAUAAUCGGGAGAAAGGAAUAAAAACAUUAAAGUUGAAAAGCUGGGCUGUGAUAAUUGAAAAGUGAUAAUGCAUUUACACAUCACAACGAUUUUGUUUAUCAUUUUCGAACAUAUCAAUAAAAUCUUUACCCAGGGCAUUCCAAUUAGUCCCUGUCCGAAAAUGUUUCAAUAUCGUUUCGAUGGUGCCCAAUGGUUUGGCAUCUUGUCGGUGCGAAAUCCAGAUUUUGGACAAGCUUUACAUUUGCGGGUCAUCCUAUCGAUGAGGGGCAAACCGACAACGAAUUAUUUGGGCGAAAUUGAAUUGUUGACACGUGGACAAUUUUUAAGUGAGGCGCCGGUACUUUACAAAAUCAAAUUUCCGAAAAAUCACUUCCCACCAAAACUGCUGCAAAUCACGACGAAUAAUCACGUUGUUUGUCUUGGGACUGCAGAUCACAGUAUCUUCGUGACACAAAUACAAUUGGAACACACAAGGAAGUUCACAUUUUUAUCCGAGGAACAACAGCAAGCACCUCCCCUACAAUCGUCGUCGUCUUCAUCAUCAUCCGUGUUGCCUUCAACUGCAUCGUCAGCAGCAGCAACAGCAACAACAACGGUGGGUGGCAGCUCGUCUAUUUCAAUGCUGCCGAUAACAACAGGUCUUAAGGAUUCGUCAAUGGUGCCACCGACGAAUAUAGCAUUUGGCACCAAACAUUUGCCUCUCACUUCCAGCAUGGAUAAGAAUCCUUUGCGUAUUUCCAAGGAUAUUUGUGGCACUAUCGAUGACCGUAUACGUUUUCAAGUUAUGAAAGCUUUGAAGCAAAAAUCAGCCAACCCCUCUUCCGAUGGCAAUGAAGAGACAGCAAGACAAGAACAACAACACCCACAACAGCAGUUUAGUAACCCAAUGGAUAAUAUUCGUUCCAUAUUGUCAACAUUAUUGUUGCAGCGGAAGGACAAUAUUGAUGAAAUCCCAGCGGUUGGCCAAAGGACUGAUGAGGCCGACAACGGUGAUGAUGAUGAUGGCAUCGACUUACCACCUUUGGUUACCACCGAUAUUGACGGCGAAACGGAUUUCUUUGCCGAUGAUGAAUCCAUUAGCGACACUGGUUCGCUGACCAUCAAUGAACUGCCGACAAUAACACGCGGUGCUUGGCCCUGGUUGGCUGCCGUCUAUGUAAAUAAUUUAACUUCGUUAGCGUAUCAAUGUGGUGGUACAUUGAUCUCAACGCGUAUUGUUGUCAGUGCGGCCCAUUGCUUUCAGUUGUUUAAGAAACGUUACACCGCCAAUGAGGUACUCGUCUUUCUCGGACGUCACAAUCUGAAGAAUUGGAAUGAAGAAGGUUCGGUAGCAGCGCCAGUCGAUGAUAUAUUCAUACAUCCGGACUACAAUCAACAUUUGAGUUCGUACGAUGCCGAUAUUGCCGUUGUGGUUCUGAAAAAUGAAGUUAGAUACAAUACAUUCAUUCGUCCGGCUUGCAUGUGGACUGGAUCCACAUCGAUCGAAUUUAUUGAAGGUGAGCCUGGAAUUGUUGUCGGUUGGGGAUUGGGUGGCUUUAAUACCACCAAACAAAUGUCCACCACCAGUACCGUGCCUAAGAUAAUCAGCACUCCCGUUGUAUCGAAUAACGUUUGUUUUGCUGCUAAUCCCAAAUAUAAGAGUCUUACCUCGAAUCGAACAUUUUGUGCUGGCAUUAUGUACGAUCAAUUGCUCUACACAAAAUCGCUGGCAUCCAAACCUUUGGUCUUCAACAAACAACUGCAUCAGGGUCCAUGUACAGGUGAUUCCGGUGCUGGUCUAAUGAUUUUUCGCAACAAUCGAUGGGUUCUGCGAGGAACCGUGUCGGGGUCGUUGCCCAUGUUCGAGAUGCAAACGAAAAGAACAAAGUCACGUACCGCCACAAGAAGUUGCAGCAUUAAUCAGUACGUGGUCUAUACGGAUGUGGCGAAAUUUCUCGAUUGGAUAUUUGCUUUUGUGCUUUGAUCGGCGAAUCUAAUGAAGCGGAGUAGACUAAUUGGACGUUAUUGCAUUGGAAAAUGAAUAUCUGAAGUGACUCCAUUUUAUGUCGCUGGAGAGGAAGAGCAUCGCUCUGUUUGUUUGUGGACAUGAAUGAAGUGUUAUUCGUGCGUUUGUAUGUGCGUUCUAUUUAAGAGGUUUUUUUUUGUUCGUUUCGUUUGUGUUGCUUUGCUGUGCAAAAAACACAGACCUCGUUUUAAUAGAGUAUUUAUUUAUUUUUACCUUAAGUUGUAAAUAUUUGGCAAAUGUUCUGUAUAUUUUAGAAUAAGAAAUAGAAGAUAAAAAGAGAUAAAGAUUACUACCAAUAAUUAUUAGUUCCUUUGGUAUUUGUCAUCUGUGAUAGUUUUAAAUAUUUUUUUUAAUUAAUCAAAUCAGAGAUUAUGUGAAAUUUCAUUCGAAUUAAAUAAACGAAUAUGAAGGAGACAAAAAAUAAA